UAUAGUAGCGAACAUGGCGUUGUUUAGGUCGUGAAUGCGUAGCUCCAAACGACAAUAUUUUGAUUAUAAUCUGCAUCUAGUAACUGCGACAUGGAUACCAUAAAGUCUUUUAAUAUGGAGUUGGCUGGCAUGUAUGAAUGCAAGCCUCCAAUCUCCAAAGCAAAGAUGACCGCAAUUACAAAAAGAGCUAUCCGGGCUAUCAAAUUCUACAAGCAUGUGGUGCAAAGUGUAGAAAAAUUUAUUCAAAAGUGCAAAACGGAGUACAAAAUCCCUGGUCUGUACGUGAUUGACAGCAUAGUGCGGCAGUCCAGACACCAGUUUGGUGCAGAUAAAGAUGUUUUCGCUCCCCGUUUUGCCAAGAAUAUUUUAGUGACCUUUUAUUACCUCUUUAAAUGCCCUGCUGAAGGCAAGAGCAAAGUUAUCAGAGUGCUGAACUUGUGGCAAAAAAAUCACAUCUUCGGCGAGGAUGUGAUACAGCCAUUGUUUGAUUUGGCUGACCCCAACCAUCCAAUACAAGAAGAAAUAACUCAAAGGAUUAACCAAAAGCCCAGUCGACCAAGAUCAACGCAACAGCAACAGGAGCUCGAGCAGUACAAGCAACAGGAACAUGAGCGCCAACAGCAGCAACAACACACUACAGGACCUCAGUCACCUCCCAGCCAGCCUGCCCCAGCUCCUGCACCUAGUAUUCCUGAACACACAAGCAUCAACAGCAACAACUUACCAGCAUCAUCCGCUGCUGCUGUUGCGGCUGUGAACAGUGCAGCUGUUGCUGCCGUGACUUCGCUCGACCCGGCGCUCAUUGCGCAGAUCCAGCAAAUACUCAUGAAGCAGCAGCCCACUCAGCCACAGCAGCAACAGCAGCCGGAGAUACCUGGUCUUGGAGGUAUUUCUGAACCGCCGAGUCACACACCACAACAACAGCAGCAACAGCAGGCUUUGAAAGGCCUCCAAUCCUCGGGUUCCGUCGGUGGUGGAGUGCCUCACAGCUCUGCUGCUGAGGAACACGUUUCUUCCGGUCUUGUGCCUGUUAUUAACCAGACUGGUGAUUAUGAUGGCCGCACCCUGCCUCCUUUCCUUGGCGUGGACAUCUCACAGCCGCCGCCUGGCUACAUUCCUCCUUCUUCCCUGUUUGGAUUGCCGCCGCCAGUGGGAGUUCCUCCUCCUCAACUUGAACCUGGGUUCCAGGGCCCUCCAGGACCUCUACACGGCGGGGCGCCUCCUCAGCCUCAUGCAGACGUGGCGCCUGUGCCUCAGUUUGGCCAGAUGAGCCCCAGGGAGGAGGGAGAGCACUCGGGCGAUGACAGCACUGAGGAGGUCAAAGAUGGCACCGAAGAGUGGUCAACAGAGUCCCACCACCGCCACCAUCACCACCACCGCUCAUCCCGCUCCCCGUCAUCACGUUCCAAGCACCGACGCCGUCGGUCGCGUUCUCGGUCGCGCUCGAAGCGGUCGAGGUCUGGGUCGCGGUCUCGCUCUCGCAAGUCUCCUUCUCGGUCCUCGCGGCGCAAGAGAUCUCGUUCCCGUGAUCGUCGUGAGCGCGAUAGAGAACGCGAGCGUUCUAGCAGUGAGCGAGAAAAGCUGGACCCAGAGAGGGAGCGCGAACGCGAGCUGGAGCGCGAGAGAGAGCGUGAGCGCAAGAAGAGAGGUCUGCCGCCCAUCAAACCUAACCAUCUGGCCGUGUGCUCCACCACCCUCUGGGUCGGUCAUCUGUCUAAGCUGGUGCACCAAGAGGAACUGAGCGACAUUUAUGGCGAGUAUGGCGACAUCGUCUCUAUUGAUCUCAUCCCACCGCGCGGCUGUGCCUUCAUCUGCAUGAACAGACGCCAGGACGCCUCCCGCGCCCUCACCAAACUCCGCAACCACAAGAUCCAUAACAAGGCAAUAACAAUGGCUUGGGCGCCUGGAAAAGGCGUUAAGGGCAAGGAAUUCAAGGAUUACUGGGAGGUGGAGGCCGGCUGCUCCUAUAUCCCUUACAGUAAACUGACCUCUAUGAGCACCUCGGACCUCGACUCGCUCGAGGAGGGAGGAGUCAUUGACGAGGAAACUGUGCCAGACUGGCUUAAAGGUCGCUACGGUGUCAGUGAAGCAGCUCCUGGAGGCGGUCCCCUGCCAGGCUUCCUGCCCAUCGGUGUACCCGCUGGCGCUCCCCCAUCAGGGGUGAACGCCCCCGUCAUCCCCGUGUCAGGUGCUCCCCCCGUCUCGGGGAUGCACGUCGUUGAUGGAGGCAGGGACAUGCCGGGCAGGGAGGGACCUCCCCCUUCCUUGGGGCCCACGGGACCCAGGAUGCCCCAUAACGUCAUCCCGCCCUUCGGCCUUCCCAGCCUGCCUCCGCCCGGUGUUGGGCCUCGAGGACUCCCACCCAUGAUGCCCCCAAACAUGCCCCCCAACAUGCCUCCUUCCCUUCCUCCCAACAUGCCGGCUUUGCCCCAUAACUUGCCCCCUAACUUGCCCCCCAACAUGCCCCCUAACAUGCCCCCCAGUCUCCCGAGGCUCGGAGUGCCUCACUCCAUGGGUCUCGGUCCCCCGCUGGCCAUGCCCCCCGUGUCCAGCAUGAUCGGUCAGCCCAUCAUGGGCGCCCUGCCUCCGCCUGUCUCCAUGGCAUCGUUGAGUCUGGGCCGCCCCAUGCACGCACCUCCAUCGCCCGACCGCGCCAGCAACUCCCGUGACAGCGACAGUAUGGACGUCGAGAUGGAAGAUGUUGCUAAGGACAUCGGGAAAGAAAAGGAGUUGGACGAGAACGGAUUAAACGAUGAUCGUGAUGGAGAUUCUGGCGAUGGCAAGAUGAGCAUCACUCAAAUGUACAAUAAAUAUAUCGCCGAGGAGGAAAACAAAAUGAAUGGUGCAGAACACUUCCCCGGCUUCCCCCGAGGACAUCCAUACCCGGGCUCUCGUCCGCCCCACUUCUACGACCGCAAUGGCGCUGAAUUUGGCGGGCCUCGAGGCUUGAACAACGGUCCUUCUUUGGGGCUUAGUAAUGGCCCUCCUGGGCCACGUCUUCAUGGAGCAAUGGCCCCUGGCCUUAGGCCUGAAAACUUCGUGGGUGUUAAUGUCAUGGCCGCCGCUAGUGGGCCAGGUUUUGGUCCACGGGCAAUGUUCGGAGCUCCGCGCCCAAUGCUAGCACCGCCUCCAAUGGGCGUCGGAGUUAUGGGCCCUCGUCCCACGCUGCUACACGACCUUGGGCCACACAGGCCCCUGGGCCCUGCUCUUCCCCCAAUGCAGAGGCUGCCUGAAGGCCUCACGCCCCAGAUGAUGCCAGGCAUCCGCCUCAUGGGUGCUCAGUCGGCACUUCUCUUUGCAGGUCUGAGUGGGUGGCGCGAAGGACCGCCUCCAAUGUUCGCUCCCAGCCAGGACCGAGCUCCUCCAUCGGCUCCACUUGAGAAUGAUCGGCCGUGGGAGGGCGGGCAUCCUACUGAUGAACCUGAGCGUCAGGAAAUGCACAAUGAAGCGCCUACAGAAACGCGCGCUGAUGCUUUCGACCAGCGAAAGUUGCCAGAGGACGCCGCUCGAGCUGACUUGUUGUCGGACAGCAAUGUGACUGAGAUCGAAAGCGGGCAAUCUCGAGAUCAUGAUAGGGACCGACGUUCAAAUCGAGAUUCUGAUAGAGAUCGAAGAGAUAGAAGGGACUAUGAUCGAGACCGUAGAGAUCGAGAUAGAUCAUCAAGAGAACGUUUCUCUCGAGACAGAGAUGGGGUAUCCCGAGACAGAGACCGCGAUAGAGAAAGAGAUAGGUAUGAAAGAAGGGACAGGAACAGAGAUCGAUCGUCUAGAGAUCGAGAUCGUUCGAGUCGUGACCGCUCAAGCCGAGACAAAGAAAGAACGUCUCGCGACAGAGGACGAUCGUCCAAAGACAGAGAUCGAUCGUCGAGAGAACGAGGCCGAUCUCGUGACAAAGAUAGAGUGCGUGAACGAUCAUCACGGGAUCGUGACAACGAUCGACACCGCAAUCGCUAUGGAGACGGCGAGCGAGAUCGGUUUGGUCGUAAUGAACGGGGUUUUGAUCGUUACGACCGUGAGAGGGACCGCUCGCGUACGGACCGAGAGGGCAAUAACAAGGAUUCUAAAGAUGGCACAGAAAAUACAAACUCCACGAAAAAAAGUAAUCCUUGGACCAUGAGCCGUUGGGGCGCUGCUGAAGAACCGCCGCCGUCUUCUAACUCUCACAAGAUUCACAAUAUUCCAGAGGAGGUAGAAAUUGACGACGACGAUGAUGACGUCAUUAUGACUGAGGAGCCUGGUAGCUGGGAUGCAUGGGCCCAGAUGGCUGGCCAGCCGUCGUCUGGGCCUAAUGGCGCUACAAGUCCUGGGCCCGUGGACCAACAAAAUAAUAGAGCGGUCUCUGGUGAUGCGCCUAUCGUGGAUGCGGUCAUCACGUUGAGUGGCGACGAGGAGAAGGAAGCUGAAACGUCCAGUGAUCAAGCUCCUGUCCAGAGCUUGGAUGCUGGAAAGUCCAAUAACCCUGAAGAAAAAAGUCGUGAAAUACACAACGAAGAUUUUUGUGAACCUAGUUCUGAUGAUGGAAGGAUAAUUAACGAUGAUUCCAUUGACGUAGUUUCUCCGUCAUGUGACACUAAAGUUGAUAGAAGUGCAGUCGAAGCUCAUAAUGAGUUUCUUGAGAAUAGGCUCGAAGAACCAUGUGAUAAUAUUGGUCAGAACCCUCAAGCAAUUGAGCGACAUAUGGACGAAUUUUCCAUCAAUGGAGUGAACCCUGACCCUCCAAGUGAAGCAAAUCUUGCGGGAUCUAAUUUAGAGGCGUCAACUUCUGGUGAAAUCGAACCACCAUCCCAAGCUCUUGAGCGAGAGUCUCACGAUGCCGCACCUUCUGUUAACUGCAGCUACCAAGACAAAGUUGCUGAGGAACUUCUUAUAGCUCGUAAUCCAUCCCCCGAGCCCCUAGAUGAAAGUUCGCAUAACGCCGACCGAACUACGGAAAAUUCCAUUUUAGAUCCUUAUUCUGUGUUAGCUGACAAAUCGUCCGGCCUCGUGACCGAUGUUUCGUUGGACUACGAAUAUUCCAUGACUCAAGACACUUCGAUGGCUGGGGACUCCAUUUGUAGUCGACUAGAUGAGCCUACCGAAUCUUCGACCAAUGCUGGUCAGAAUAACGAACGUGUGAAUGGACUGAAUUCUGAGUCUGAGCAUCCGUUUGUGGCAGAGGAAAGUAAGGGCCAUAAAAGUGAAGGACAUGCCGAGUUGAAGGCUUUCGACGGCACUCCGAACAAUGUCAUAGAUGACCAGAUCUCAGGAAAUGAUGAUGAUGAUGACGACGAGGGUGGUGCUGCUGGAGAGGUGCUGAACGUACGCCGAAGUGCCAGAACUCGUAGAUAGUGUGUGCCUGAUACGCGACUCAGUGCAUUACUUACCGAUGAUUUCUCAUUUAGAGCCAUGUGGAGUGUUCUUUUAGUUUCAAUUUCGCUGCUAUAAUCUUUUAUAUUAAUUCGUCAUGUCUUUCAAUGAUUCACUCCAACGCGUUUGUCCCCGGACAUUUUCAAUUGAAAUGCCUUGUUUACUUAAUUCUCCUCUAGAACUUGAACAGCUCAUCCGCCGCCUGAAACAACUUUUUAAAAAACUUUUUUUUUUUUCAUUAAUCCAGUAAAUGGAAUCCCAACUCUCUGGUGAUCAGAGUCUGAAACCUGCAUCUUGAUUUUUUUUAUCUUUUAUCGAGGUCGAGUUAUUUUUCUUUGUAUAUUCGAGGGCAUUUGCUGGCUAUCACUGGUAAGUUUCGUGGUUGUUCUGUUGGACGGCCAGUCAGCGGUACUACACAACGACUCAGAGACUCUAAUGAUUUUGUGCCUUCUAGAGCUGUUCAAAACUUUGUCUCUUGGCAUGGGAUUCGAGGUUUUCUCUGCAGAUGAGCAAAACAUGGUAUAAGUAAUUUGUGUAUCAGCUCACUGAACGACAACGCGCUAUUGACUUGCAUCAUUUGGAGUUGCAUGUGCUACUUGAGAAUUAUUAAAUCCAUACAUACACGACGUUCUUGUUCGAACCUUCAAAUUUUGCGAUGACACUUGGAAAAUGUAUAAAAAAAAUUCUGCUAGAUAUUCUUUCUCGUACAAAUUGUUAUCAAUAUUGUGGAAUGUAAUGAGGGCUAAUUUGACUCUUUGUCAUGCUAGACAUAUUUUUGUUCGUUUGAUAUUAUAGAUAGAUGGUAUCAUCUACUACGAUGUCUCUCAGUCGGUCAUCUGAAAUGUGAUGAACUGCAAUGGUAUCUAUCGAUUUUUUCUCAGUCCUGUCUCUGCAAACAUCGAAUUGAGGUUCACGUAACUCGUAGUGUUCAGAGAUCGGUCCCUGCCUCGCCUCUUGCCUCCUCCCUGUCACUCUGUCAUUAAACGUUCAUUUUUUGCUCACCCAUAACGUAUCGCUAAGCUCUGUGCAAGUCACCGUUCAUCAUUGUUGAUAAUUUUAUUGUACAAAGUCGUUUUUUAUGAUCAAAGUCUAAUGAAAUAAUUUUCAAAAUCCUUUCUCAUUUUCCCGUUCUGCGCUAGAAUACUUUUUGAAACUGAUUGAUAGGUAACUGGAAUUUUGUAGUGACCAUGAUUGUGACCAGAUUUCAUGCUGAAAUGAGCCGUGUGAAUCCUGGCAGAUGUUCUCUAAUGCAAUAUGUUGAUAUCAUCAUAUUUGCAAUGAUGGUUUGCUAUAAACUUGAAAUAUUGCAUUCUUAGACCUGAGUUCAGUCUUAACUUCACAUCCAUGCGAUGAAUGCUUAAGAAUUGACCAGACAGUGCCUAUUUAAUAAUGAAUUUCCUUUUGUGAGCCAGAUUUUCAUUAGUGUUCUAUUUUACGUGUUGUUUUUACUGUUUGGUAAAGAGGAGGAAGAGGUAAGGAUGCAUUUUACGUCUGUCACUUCAGCACGGCAGGACGGUGCUGCUGCGUGGGAAGCCCGCGCCCCUGCUCUAAUGUGGCAGAGGGUGCAAGGUAGGCGCUAGCGCUUUGUUCAUGUCUCGUGUAAAGUCACUUGUGUGGACUGCUAUAGGCCUAAGCACCAUUUCCUCGACGGUUUACUGGUUGAAGGGUUAUACUUUCACACGAUUUGUUUUCGUAUAUUCUUUAGUCCUUGGUAGAAAUUGGGUAUAAUUCCUGCUUGACGUGUUUAAAAGGUCCUAACUAGGUUGCGUUGGAACGUUGUUUCUCCUUCGCUGCUAUCGUCCUUAUGACACAUGUGACAUGUGUUCUGUAACUGAGAGUAAUUUGUUCUUUGGCGAUGAAGAAUCGAAGCUGUGUGACAGAACCAGCUCUGCAGCUGCACGAAAUUGGACUUGCUUGUUGAAAUGGAGACCUCAACAGAUGAGCCGUCUAAAAACGACAGCCGAUGCCUCAUCCUCGAUUUCUUCGACAGCACUUCAGUUUGCUAAGGUUAUUCGUCAGCUUCAGCCAUUUGGUAACGUGAAAUGCAUUUUUAUUUAGGAACCCAUGUUUGGCUCCUAUGUGUCUUAAUUUCUUGCGUCAAAUCUUGUUGAUUUUGACGGCCUUUCUAAUAUUCUAGAAUGUUGUGUAUAUCAUUGGAAAAGUGUUGACUUCAGACAUACGACAUAAUCAUUCUUUCUACAAAAUAUAUAAUUUUUGGGAUAUUGCCAACGUUCUUCAGAAAUAUAAAAUUGUAGUCUACUAUGCUAUUCUCCCAGAAGAGCGACACGAGUUCCUUUUCAUGUGGCGUUGAAUAAAUCGGAAAUUUUCUUCAUUCUCGUUUGUCUGAAGUCGAUAUAGCAUAUUAAUGAUAAGUCUUUUCUAUUAAGGGUUAUACUUUCACAAGAGUUGUUUUCGUAUAUUCUUUAGUCCUUGCUAAAAAUUGAGGGUAAUUCCUGCUUGACGUUUUUAAAAGGUCCUACCUAGGUUGCGUUUGCAACAGCAUUAUUGCCGAUUGAAUUCUCGUGUAUGGAAGCGUACUGAGAAUUAGCGCGCAUGAUUUAGUCGUGCAUUAGUUUAAUUUGUAAUGUAUGCAUAGAAUAAAAUGUUGUCUUCAUCGUC